GGCAGACCUGAGUGGCUGCUGCAGCCCGUAGGAUGUGCAGGGGCUGAGGCCGCCUGGAUACGCUGAAAAGAAAGGCAAACUUCGACUCUAGGCAGCCAGCGGGUUUAAUUCCACUCUGCCAAGGAUUGGGAGUCUGGGUACAGAGGAGUCACUCCAAGAGCUUGAACACCCUGGAGGUGCAGAAAUCCGGCUCCUGCUGGCGGAGCAGGAAGGGGUGUCUAAGGUUGGUUCUUGGGCCUUCCUGACACCUCCUCACCAACCCAGAAUGUUCCAGACAGUCCCUGACACGUCGUCUUACGUCAAGGUAAGACAUGACAGCGUCUUUAAACAGGAGGCUCUGUCGGUGGUGAGCGACGACCAGUCCCUCUUCGAUUCCGCAUACGGAGCGGCGGCCCAUCUCCCCAAGGCCGACAUGACCGCCUCAGGGAGUCCAGACUACGGCCAGCCCCACAAGAUCAACCCGCUCCCCCCGCAGCAGGAGUGGAUCAACCAGCCAGUGAGGGUCAAUGUCAAGCGGGAGUACGACCACAUGAAUGGAUCCAGGGAGUCUCCGGUGGACUGCAGCGUUAGCAAAUGCGGCAAGCUAGUGGGCGGAGGCGAGUCCAACGCCAUGAGCUACAACAGCUACAUGGACGAGAAGAACGGCCCCCCUCCCCCCAACAUGACCACCAACGAGAGGAGGGUCAUCGUCCCUGCAGACCCCACGCUGUGGACGCAGGAGCACGUGCGGCAGUGGCUGGAGUGGGCCAUAAAGGAGUACGGCCUGAUGGAGAUUGACACAUCUUUCUUCCAGAACAUGGACGGCAAGGAACUGUGUAAAAUGAACAAGGAGGAUUUCCUCCGAGCCACCUCCCUCUACAACACGGAAGUGCUAUUGUCACACCUCAACUACCUCAGGGAAAGUUCACUGUUGGCCUAUAACACAACCUCCCACACGGACCCAUCCCCACGGCUGAAUGUCAAAGAAGACCCUUCCUAUGACUCGGUCAGGAGAGGAGGAUGGGGCAACAACAUGAAUUCUGGCCUCAACAAAAGCCCCCCUCUUGCAGGAGCACAGACCAUGAGUAAGAAUACUGAACAGCGGCCCCAGCCAGAUCCCUAUCAGAUCCUGGGCCCGACCAGCAGUCGCCUAGCCAAUCCUGGGAGCGGCCAGAUCCAGCUGUGGCAGUUCCUCCUGGAGCUACUCUCGGACAGCGCCAACGCCAGCUGCAUCACCUGGGAGGGCACCAACGGGGAGUUCAAAAUGACGGACCCCGACGAGGUGGCCAGGCGCUGGGGGGAGCGGAAGAGCAAACCCAACAUGAAUUACGACAAGCUGAGCCGGGCCCUCCGAUACUACUACGAUAAAAACAUUAUGACCAAAGUGCACGGCAAGAGGUAUGCCUACAAGUUUGACUUCCACGGCAUCGCCCAGGCGCUGCAGCCACACCCCACCGAGUCGUCCAUGUACAAGUACCCUUCUGAUAUUUCCUACAUGCCCUCGUACCACGCCCACCAACAGAAGGUGAACUUUGUCCCUCCCCACCCGUCCGCCAUGCCGGUGACUUCCUCCAGCUUCUUUGGAGCCGCGUCACAAUACUGGACCUCCCCCACGGGUGGGCUCUACCCCAGCCCCAACGUCCCUCGCCAUCCCAACACCCACGUGCCCUCACACUUAGGCAGCUACUACUAGAAGCUUCCACGGUGGCCUUCUCGCCGAAGCCCCAUCCCUCACACUUCCUGUUGGACCUUUGUGGCCUUGCAGAGAAAGCAAAACCUUCAUGUUUCUUUCUUGUUGGACAGAACCUUUGUAUUUGUUCUUUAAAAAGCAAUCCUCUUUUUUUUUUUUUUUUUUCUUAUGUUGGGUAGCUAUCGUUUCCUCUACCUUGAACCAAGAGAUGAUGGAUGAUUCCAUGGGCCAGUACACCAGGUUUGGAUUCCUGAUCUCUUGUCCUUUUACAAGUUGACUAUUUAGAUGACUGGAAUGGUUUGUGUUAUGGUUCUGGGAAAGAAACUGUAGCUCUUCUGUAUACUUUUAGGACCAAAGCAGUUUCUUAUCAACACACGGGUCUCAUCUUGGACCUUGAAGGGUUCAGUAUGAUAAUCAUGGACUUAACCAGUUCUGCUCUGGUUUGAGACUUAACUGAAAAUAGAGGCAAGAAGCUUCUUAUUUUAUCUUAGGAAGACCUAAUUCAGUGGAUGGCAACUGGAACAUUGGUUGUAAGACCAGUGAAGUUUUCACCCAACUGGAAUUUAAGAGAAAGAACUAGUGUGUAUUUAAGAAGUCAUGGGCAUUGCAAAAUCCCUCUCAGUGAUAGCAAGAAAUGCACUAGGCUGACCAUUCUCUCUAGAAAUAGUCCAGGUAUGAACUAAGAAAUGCCAAUGCACAUGCAGCCGUUCCUAAAAGACGGAGAGGUAAAUAACUUUUUGUGUGUGUUUUUAAAAUAAUGACAGUGGGUCCCAGAACUUUGAAAAGUCAUAGGGAUUUCUAAAAACAAACAGAUUCGCAAGUGCUGUGCGCUUGUCAGAAGACCAGUCCAGGGUCCACCAACCAGGAGGCAACUUACUGUAUAAAUUAUGCAGAGUUAUUUUCCUAUAUCUCACAGUAUUAAAAAUAAAUAAUUAAAAAAUGAAAAGAAUAAAGAAACGAGUUGACCUCGGUCACACAGUGUUACUAUCAAAUCAGUCGUUGUUAUUUUUUUUAAUGUAAUUUGUACAUCUUUUGUCAAUCUGUACAUUUGAGGUGUGUGUUCGUUUUCACAGCAAGUUUUUAGAAAAGCAUAAUGUUGUUGUGUUGUGGAGAGGAUGUUGAUGUCACUGAGUUAACUGGAAAGAGGAUCACUGGUUCAGUAAUUUAACUUGGAGCACGGACAAACAAAGAUGGUCCCUUUCUUUGAUAAUGUUUGUAAAUAACCAAACUGCAGUCACAAAACUGGGAAAAGAACAACCCGACUUUCCCAUUCGGAUAUGAGGGAUUUUUCUAUCCUAUAUAUGCAAUAUUUUUUUAGAUAUUAAAAUAUCUAUAAUUUUGCAGAUAAUCAUUGACUUUUUUAAGCUGUGUUAAGUGUUAAGCUGACAAUGUCAUCAAAAACUCUGUUGUAAAAUAAUUCGACUAAAUAAAUUGUACAACCUUCCUUCAGAA